AUGCCCAGGAACAACGUCUCGGCAAGCUUGUGCCGGUCGUCGAUGGCAUGGUGUCCUUUGCGCGUGGUGUGCCGGUUCUCAAGCAAUGCAGAAGCGAGUUGGGUUCGCCGUGGCGAUGGAAUCGAGGUUGAUGCGAAUCGAACGCAUGUCGCCAUUCCAUCGCAGCACUUUUUCCACCGCUCGACGUCGCGCCGCGUUCGCCUCACGCCGCGGCAUAAACUGACUUGCACAUCACGUGUUCUAGGAUGCAAAAACACUUGGACGAUCUGUCGGUGUGGCGGGUCGUCGUGGUGGGGCGCCUGCCGUGAAAUGUCUUGCAAGUUGGACCGGCUUCAGCUUCGUCCCAGGACUCGACCAAGACGGUAUCCGAGAUACGCCGUGCCAUGA